AUGAUCUUCUGCUGUCCUCAACUUGAAGCCUUCCCUGUCCGUCCCAACGCCAUUCCUCUCCGAAGGUCUCACACCCAGAUAUAUUUCCUCGCACAGAAACUCACCAAGCUGGCUUCCGCCACGGUCAACCUGGCAGGCACCACUGUAACCUUCUCAGACCAUGAAUGGCUUACCGGCAAGGCUGCUCUAGAUACACAAGGUCUUCGGGAGAGGAAUAUAUCCCUCCAAACGAACGGUGAUGACGAGGCUAGGAAAGCUGUUUUGCAUCUCAACGCCCUUGAAGAAAACGGGGAGAAGCAAGAAAAGGACAAGAAAACAUUUGGUAGAACACCAGAUGGGAUAGUCUUCACAGUACCAUACACACAUGAUAUGGUUUCUCAAUUACUCUCACCUUCUGAGCCAAAGAACUUUUCAGAUCUGAUUGUGCUUUUCAUUCUCGGACUACAUAUUCUAGGACUAUGGCUACUUCCAGACACUUGGAGGGUACCUGUCUUUGGCUCCGUCUUCAUAUUCUGGAGAGCCAGCUACAACCUCGGUAUAGGCUGCCUCUUGCAGAUACAGUCGCGUCAGAAGAUGCUCGUACGUUGGGCCAAGAAGGCGAAGAUCUUUGUAGAUCCUGCCACGGGACAGAAUCCCCACCCCAAGCUGUUCCACUUCAUAAAACGGGAACUUGAAACGAAGAUUCCGAGAGAUUACAAGUUCGAGAACGCUCCGAUCGAGUACAACACAUGGCUUGUAUUCCGCCGAGUUGUUGAUCUCAUAUUGAUGUGUGACUUUGUCUCCUACUGUCUGUUCGCUGCGGUUUGUGGCGGCCGACCGACAGGUGAGACAGCUCUUGGGACGGCUGCACGAUGGGUUGUCGGAUGGUCGUUAGUAGCGUUCAAUCUGUGGGUCAAGCUUGAUGCCCAUCGUGUCGUGAAGGAUUUUGCGUGGUACUGGGGCGACUUUUUCUACCUGAUCGACCAAGAAUUAACAUUCGAUGGCGUCUUCGAAAUGGCCCCUCACCCUAUGUAUUCGGUAGGCUACGCUGGAUAUUAUGGUAUCUCCCUCAUGGCUGCCAGUUACAAAGUCUUGUUUAUCUCUAUUGCGGCUCAUGCUGCUCAAUUCAUGUUUCUGGUCUUGGUGGAAAACCCUCACAUAGAGAGAACUUACAAUUCACCUCCUCCGAGAAGAAGACACACUGAGCUAGAAUUAGCCUCACGUGACCGAGCCACAAGCAGCGGGAGCAACGAAGCACCUUCUUUGCUCAAGGAUGGUCAUCCUUCAUCCGUUCACAACUUACUCGGAGUGCAAAAUAUCGACAUGUAUCGCACUACAGAUUUUUCUGUGUUGAUAACGCUUUUUCUGAUUGCUGCGUUGACGGCUUUGACUCCAUCAGCGCCAUUCCAUCAGGGUCUUUUCAUUGCCAACGCUGCAGUAUGGAGAAUCUGGUAUUCUGUUGGUAUCGGGUACAUUUUGAACCGUCAAUCCGAGAAGAAAAAAUGGACACGCCAUUUUCUCAAAUAUGGUGAUAGCACAGAGGAAGCUUGGAGACAAUGGAAAGGUACCUAUCAUCUGAGCCUGACAAUGUGCUAUGCGAGCUUUGCUGCUGCUGCGUGGAAGGUCUAUGUGACUCCAGAGGACUGGACGGCCGAUUUCGCUUUGCUGAAACACGUCAUCGGAUUCAGCUUGAUAGCCGUCCAGCUAUGGGUAUCCAUCAGCAUAUACGAGUCUCUCGGCGAAUUUGGCUGGUUUUUCGGUGACUUCUUCUUUGACCAGUCACCGAAACUGACAUAUAGUGGCAUCUAUCGAUUUCUGAACAACCCUGAAAGAGUGCUGGGACUAGCAGGGGUCUGGGGAGUUGCACUGAUCACUGGAAAUCGCGCAAUCUUCUCAUUGGCAAUAUUGAGUCACGUAGCCAGUCUUGCCUUCAUUCAGCUUGUUGAACGGCCACAUAUGCAGAAACUUUAUGGCAGGCAGCUUCGACAAGAUGCAGGCUUAGUGCGGAGUCUGAAGAGAUCGCUCCCCCCACCACUGCGGCAGUGGCAAGAUGGUAUGGACAAAGUCUUGGGCGAAACGUUCGAUUACGUAGAAGAUUUUCUAGAUGCCGCACGCCCGAAGCUUGCUGCUGGGGUCAGUACCAUGGUGCAAGAUACCAAGGACCUGUUCAACAAAUACCCAGCCCGAAUUAGCAUCACGCGGGUCGAGCCCGAGAUUGUCGGCUUCAAUCCAGAGGACUAUUCCUUGGAAAUCGAAGGCACCCCGUCCUCACCUCAAGCCGAACAUCAGCGUAACAGCUGCAAGGAAUCUGAAAAUGCUCGGACCCCACCGAAACGUACUGGGGACUUCAAGACACUGAUUUUCGAAUAUGGCGCUCCAAUCAAAGUCAAAUGGCGAGCACCAGCCAAUCACAGCAAGAAAGACUGGAUAGGUCUUUACAUGGUGACCGACAAUGCAAGCCGCGAGGUGACAAGAAUUUCAUCAUCUGGCCGAUGGAUCGCAACGAACCCGGACAUGUACGAUUCCCUAGCGCCAGAGCAGGGUCUUCUAUCAAGCGAUGUUCAAAGCGCAGACUUACAGCAUCAUGGUGAGGGACCUACUCAACAAGAUAAACUGGACUCUGGCCAUCAUGGGUUCGUGAGCGGCGAGGUGAUCUUCUCCGGCGACAAGCUCUGGUGGACGCAAGGCGUCUUUGAGUUCCGCUAUCACCACAACGGCAAGCACAACGUCAUGGCCGUGUCUCUACCCUUUGAAAUCCGUAUCGCGCGCUUCGAUGAAGACGAAGUCAGCUACAGCGGUACUAAUGCACAACACGAUACCAUUCUGCGAGCAGCAGUCGAGAAAGCGUUACUACCGGUAGUCCGCAACUGUUUCGAUCGGGACCCAGAAAUCGCGCCUGACACGGUCGAUGACCCCUACGGCACCCUGGUGGAGCGCGACGGCAAGUUUGCGCGCAGAGUCGUCUUUGCUGUCCAUCAGAUGUUUGGUAUUGAGCUCGCCCCGGAAGUGGUGAGAGCGGAUGGCAAUGUGAAGAAUCUGGCCUGGAGGAUUUGUAAUGCGAAGAAGGUCUUGGAGCCGUACAGUAUGUCCCGAUCAAAGGGAGACACAACACCAACCAAUGAUGAUGAAGACAAGGGAUUACGAUGA